AUGCCCGGCCGUCUGCUCUCGCUCGUUAGAGCCGCCCCCUCCUCCUCCAAGUUCGACACCUUCAAAUCCCACCACAAUUCCUCCUCCAACUCCACAUCAUCGUCCUCUCCAUCCCAGGCCAAGGCCCCUUCCACCGGUCUCCUCCCCCCAUACUCGGUAGAAGACCCUUCCACCACACAACGCCCAUCCGCCAACCGCACAAAAUCAAACGAGUCAAUAGUCAUGGAUGCAUUCAAACGCCAUAGCCUCGGUGUCCGUCACCACUCGGACAAGAAGCAUCCCAAAUCGCCAAAGGUGGAACCCCAGAAGGCUGCCAAAUUGAGCAUGGUCGUCGAGUCCCCACCAGUCAUGUUCUUCAACUCCCCUUCCACCUCCACCGGCGCCAUCAUCUCCGGCCAGCUCAUGUUGGACGUCACCGAGCCUCACAUUUCCCUCGACAAGUUCGAAAUGCGCCUGUUGGCCAUCUGCAGCACCAAGAAGCCCGUUUCCCAGCACUGCGCCGACUGCACCAAGCAGACCACCGAGAUCCACAAGUGGGAGUUCCUCACCCACCCAACGUCGUUGCGCCAUGGUGUGCAUCAACGCCCUUUCAGCCACCUGCUCCCCGGUCACCUACCUGCCACCACCCACGGCAACAUGGCCUCUCUCGACUACGUCCUCUCCGCCGUCGCGACGACCUCCAAUGGCGACAAGAUCACCCUCCAACGUGACAUGCCCAUCAUGCGCGCCAUCGUCCCCGGCCCCGACAAGAACUCCAUUCGCAUCUUCCCCCCGACCAACUUGACCGCCGCCGUCACCCUCCCGCCAGUGAUCCACCCCAUCGGCGACUUCCCCGUCGAGAUGCGCCUGUCCGGCAUCGUCGUCAACAAGGACGAUUCGCAGACCCGAUGGAAGCUGCGCAAGCUCAACUGGCGCAUCGAGGAAACCCAAAAGUUCAUCGCACCCGCCUGCGCAAAGCACGCCAACAAGAUCGGCGGCGAGGGCAAGGGCAUCCAGCACGAGGACAGCCACGUCAUUGCGAGCGAGGAGGUCAAGACGGGCUGGAAGACCGACUUUGAGAACGGCAACAUCGACGUCGAGUUCCGCGCCGCGCCCAACAACGCCCAGAGGCCCCUGUGCGACAUGACCAGCCCCAACGGCAUGGAGGUCAAGCACAACCUCAUCAUCGAGAUGGUCGUCGCCGAGGAGUGGGCGCCGCUGAAGAAGCUCAGCCAGGCGACGCCGACCGGCGCCGCUCGCGUCCUGCGCACCCAGUUCCACCUCAUCAUGACCGAGCGCGCCGGCAUGGGAAUCUCCUGGGACGAGGAGCAGCCCCCUCUUUACGACGACGUGCCCGCCUCGCCUCCUACCUACCAGAACGUCACCAUCGCCGACUACGACGGCUCCAGCCUUUCCGACGAGGAGCAAUUGCACUUGUAG